AUGAUUAACUUCGAUGUGGCCUUUGCUCCACAUGUGGCCCACUAUGCAGUGGUCCCACGUGAGGGGCAUGUUGAAGUGGAUCGACAUUCUAUUAAGAAGAAGCUUGAUGCAGAAAUAUUAAUAUCGACAGUCUCUCUCUUGGCAAUUGUAGGACUUCAAGAUUUGAUUGUUGGAGGUCCAUCGCUUCGUCUGAAUGAUUUGAGAGUGGUCAAUUGUAGUGAUAUAGAAAGAGUUGAUAUUUCUCUAGUAAAGGUUGCUUACUUGGAGCUCGUAACUGGACGUCCAAAUCUGCAUCUUUCCAUCAAACCUCCACAUCCAGCAAGAAUUUAUUAUGAUGCGUUCGAUUUCAAUGAAUUCUGGGAUACACUAACCCAAUUUGGAUCUUUUGUUGGGCUUGAGACUCUUGGUAUGAUGGUGGUUACAGGGAUUCCCCAAAACUUGCCAGUGUUUAGAGACCUUAAGAAACUGGACCUGCGUCUUUUUUAUGGGGCUGACCUCGUUGGGCCUCUGAAUCUUCUCAAUGCUGCACCUCGUUUGGAAGAACUUGUAGUAACGUUAUUGGUUGAGAAUUUCUGUGAGAACCAACAACAACAGAUAGAGAGUUUUUCUGCUGUCAAACAUGAUCGUUUGAGAAAAGUUAAGUUGCAGGCAUUUCGAAGCACACCGUGCGAGAUAGAGUUUGUCAUUUCUAUUUUGCAAAUUACAACAAAGCUCGAGAUCAUGGAAAUCGAUCCGUUUGGGUGGUGGAGCGUGGUGGGACGCCCUGGGCGUAAAUGUUGCAUAUCUAUCAAAUUCAUAUUGGGAAGAAAAAGGCAGGUCACUUAUCCAAGAGAAACUAAAGGAAGUAAAGACCGAUGCUCAAAUUAUAGUUCUCUAAAUUUGGGCUUUACAUAUGUAUUUGAUUAUGCCAGUUUUUUUUUUUUUUUUUUUUUCAUUAUGGAUCAAAUUAUAAUUUCAUUAUGCUAUCAAUUUAAUUAGGCCAAU